AUGGCACACACCAGUUCCACUCCAAUGAAGAUCAGCGUCUUGAAGCCCCCUCCUGCCCCUUCUCUGUCGAACAUCGGUCCCGAAUCCCGUGUACACUCAGACGAAGAUGAUCCGUUCAUUGAGGGGAUAGAGAAUUUGGACAGCAGAACACAAGAGGGUGAUGAUGAACAGCCGGGUACUAGUUCAUCUGCAUUGGACGCAUAUGCUGAUGUCAGUGAGGAGCAGUUCAAUGACAUUCAAAAUUCUACAAUUGACUGGGGUGAUGAUGACACCUGGGACCCUGACUGGGGUGAUGAUGACACCUGGGACCCUGACUGGGGUGAUGAUGACACCUGGGACCCUGACAUGGAGGAAGACUCUGUCUCAUCGUUGGAGGAAGAUGUGACCAAGGAAAUUGACACAUACAGUGACGAGAGUGAUUCUGAUUAUGUGCCUCGUGUUUGUGUGCGAACAGGAGGUGCUCUGACGACGAACCUACGUUUGGAAACACUGCCAACAGUCACCUUAGAAGAAUCGGUUCUUGAUGUGGACUUCAACCGUGAUCCGGCAAGGCCAGACACGCCGUUGCCAGAGGCGAUGAAAGUUGAGGUAGAAGAUGAUGUGAUUGGCCAUCCUGCGUCAAUUGUGUACCACGAUUGUCUGAAGCAGCUUGCGGGGUGCGUUGCCUUGCCAAUGGCCGAAUGCACAGAAAAAGAACCGAUGACAAACAAGCCGUGCCCUGCAAAGGCGCCUUUUGAAAUUCGGGUAAAAUCCCGGGGCACAGCAGCUGUUGUAGAAUGGAUGUGCUCUCGGGGUCAUUUGGUGUGGCGAUGGAGUUCACAGUCCAUGUUCAAGUUUGGAAUGUUGGCCGGGGACUUCAUGCUAGCCACCAAUAUAUUGCUCUCAGGCAACAACUAUGCCAAAAUUGCACUGCUUUUCCAGUUUAUGAAUAUGGGGAUGGUUGACAGGACCAACUUCUUCAAGAUCCAGGACUCCUUCUGUGUUGAGAGCGUAAAAGAGUUCUGGAAUGACAAGAGGGCCAAAGUGAUUGCUCAGCUAAAACAACGAGGGCCUGUUGUGGUCCUUGGUGAUGGUCGUAUGGACAGUCCGGGGUUCUGUGCACAACACUGCACAUACACAGCCAUGGAUAAUGAUUCGAAGCAAAUAAUUUCCAUGGUAAACCUUGACAAACGGGAGACUAACAGAAAUUCUGUCAUUAUGGAGAAGGAGGGCUUUGUGCGUACCCUGGAGACACUUCGUGAAGAGCUGAAUGUGACCGAAGUUUGCACAGAUGCACACAGUCAAAUAGCAGCACUUUUUAAUAAAGGGCUGUUCAAAGACAGUGGCAUACACCAUUCUUGGGACAUCUGGCAUGGCUCGAAGAACCUCAAUAAGAAGCUUGUGGCGGCAGGACAGCAAAAGGGAUGCGCUGGUUUACUAGCAUGGAGCAGGGAUAUUUGCAACCAUUUCUGGCACUGCUGCAAGACUUCAAACUCCUAUCGACAGUUUAUGGACAUGUGGUCGGGACUGCUGCACCAUGUCACCGGAGAGCAUGAGUGGUCCCUGUACUCCUGUCACCAUGGCCCUCUGGAGGACAGCAGAGACAAGGAAUGGAUCGAGGCAGACAGUUUGGCACACCAAAGACUGAGAGACAUUGUUCUCGACGCACGCUGGCUGAAGAACAUUGACAAAUACCUUCACUUCAGGUCAACGGCAGAUUUGGAGUCGUUUCAUAACCACAUACUUAUGUAUGCAAGCAAACGCUACAGCUUUUCCCCUCCUGUCUAUGAAGCGCGUACUUUGUUGGCUGGCCUGGACUACAACCAUCACCUGAAGAGACCAGCCAAGAGAAAGGCGGAUGGCACAAUUCAGUACGGGAAGUUGUACAAUAAGAGGUCCAGGAGCUGGAGGCUGCAUAUGGAAAAGGUUGAGAAGGACUACAGCUACAUCGAUGACCUACAGAGAACCAUUCUGCGUCGUAGACUGGCUGCCACUAGAGGAAUGGCUGACCCGAGACCCUCCAGACCAGAUGACCCGAGAAGACUUGGCCCUCUCUCUGGUGUACCUGCCCCAACAACCCAAGAGCUGCUACUGAAGCAAGUCAGCAGAGGGCUUGCACAGACUCCUCCACCUGCUGACUAGUUCUUCAGCUGUUGUUCUCCUUUUUUGUAUGGUGGUGAUAACUGUAAAUUUGUAUAUAUUUUAAUUUGCCCAACAUUUUUUUCAACUGUCCACACAUGACAAUAUGCCAAUAAAUAUUCUUUUACACUA